AUGAGCUCGACAAACGGAGGUGUACCGCCCGGUUUUCGGUUUCACCCAACAGACGAAGAACUUCUUCAUUACUACUUGAAGAAGAAGAUUUCUUAUGAAAAGUUCGAGAUGGAAGUCAUCAAGGAGGUUGAUUUGAACAAGAUUGAGCCGUGGGAUUUACAAGAUAGAUGCAGAAUAGGAUCAACGCCGCAAAACGAGUGGUAUUUUUUCAGCCACAAGGACAGAAAAUACCCGACAGGUUCAAGGACGAACCGUGCGACUCACUCAGGUUUCUGGAAGGCGACGGGACGUGACAAAUGCAUAAGAAACUGUUACAAGAAGAUAGGCAUGAGGAAGACUCUUGUCUUCUAUAAAGGAAGAGCUCCUCAUGGCCAAAAGACCGAUUGGAUCAUGCACGAGUACCGUAUUGAAGACACUGACGAUGAACCUAGUGAAGAUGGAUGGGUUGUUUGUAGAGUGUUCAAGAAGAAAAAUCUAUUCAAAGUAGGGAAUGAUGUUGGCUCAAGCAUAAACAACAAUAGGCUUGAAGCUCGUAGCUUCAUCCGCAGAGAAAGUCCUUACCACGGAAUCACAACCUUUGAGCUUAACAAGCCUGGAGAGAUUGGUCUUCAUCAAUACCAACCACCAAUGUUUCAGUCUCAAGCUAUAUUGACUUCCUCUCAUCACAACAAGCCUAAUUCAACUGGCUACCAUGACUACUCCUUGGUUCUUCUUCCAAGGGAAAGUACUGAGAGUGAGGGAGUUCAGUACCAGCAAGCUUGUGAGCCAUCAGGGCUUGAGGUUGGCACGUGCAAAACAGUAGGUGAGUGGGGAAUGGUGCCUUGCCACGUGGGGAAUCAUGAAGAUUCGUCUAGAGCUAUGAGGUUUGAAGAUGAAGGUAACAACAAUUCAUCCUCGGUCCAGCCACCUUCGAAUUUGCUUUCUUUGCGCGGUGAAAGUGGAUUUCUCGGGUUAUUCUAA